UCCCGCGCUCCCCUAUGUUCCCGCCCCUGCGGGCCAGGCCCGGGCGCGUCCGAGGCGCGAGCGGCCAAUGGGCGCCCGCCCCGCCCCGCCCACGUGGUCCUGGCCGCCCCGGGGUGGCCGUGUGGAUCCUGGAGGGCAGCGUCUAGCGCCUGGUGUGAGGAGAUGGUCGGGCUCUCGGUGCCCGCCGAGGUCACUGUGAUCCUGUUGGAUAUCGAAGCUCGGUGGAGGCAGAUGGUGAGAAGGGAUGGAGGUGGUCGCAGAGCAGGCUGGGGACAGGACUCCAGAUGUAACAAGUACCUAACAACUUUUUUAGAAGAAUCACAGUACCUGGCAUCCUAGCAAGAAUUCUGAAGAAAUCUGGUUGGACAUUUUUCCGUUUUUAAUCACGCAAGAGACCUCUAUGGAAAGUUUUAGCAUUGCCCAAAUGCUGAUAAUCGCAUCGAAUUUCUUUUUCUUUUUGUGACAGAAUAGCUACUUUCUUGGUUUUCAGAGAAAAAAGGAUUUCUAAUUUUUGUGGUUUAUACUUGACUGCUCACUAGCUCCACUUGCCUCCUGCUGCCAUGAGGAAAACAGGGGACAUUUUAUUUCCUUACAUCAAAGAUAAUGUACUAGAGUAUCUGCAGACACACUGGGAGGAGGAGGAGUGUCGGCAGGAUGUCAGCCUUCUGAGGAAGCAGGCUGAAGAAGAUGCCCACCUGGAUGGGGCUGUUCCCAUCCCUGCGGUGUCUGGGGAUGGGGCGGAUGACCUUCGGCAGACGAUCCAGGCUGUAGUAGACAAUGUGCACUGGCAGAUGUCUCUGGACCGGAAGACCACAGCACUCAAACAGCUGCAGGGCCAUAUGUGGAGGGCAGCAUUCACAGCUGGACACGUGAAGGGAGAGUUCUUUGCAGAUGUAGUUCCUGCAGUCAGGAAGUGGAAAGCAGCUGGAAUGAAAGUGUAUAUCUAUUCUUCAGGGAGCAUAGAGGCACAGAAACUGUUAUUUGGGCAUUCUGCAGAGGGAGAUAUUCUUGAGCUUUUUGAUGGUCACUUUGAUACCAAGAUUGGACAUAAAGUGGAGAGUGAGAGUUACCGAAAGAUUGCAGAUAGCAUUGGGUGCUCAACCAGCAACAUCUUGUUUCUGACAGACGUUACUUUGGAGGCCAGUGCUGCUGAGGAAGCGGAUGUGCACGUAGCUGUGGUGGUGAGGCCUGGCAAUGCAGGGCUGACAGAUGAUGAGAAGACUUACUACCGGCUCAUUACCUCCUUCAGUGAGCUCCGUCUGCCUUCAUCCUCAUAGACCCUCAGUGUCUAGCUUUAUUCUGAUGGUAUGUGUGUGCUCAGAUUCAUUUCCAUGGGCACAUGGUGAAAAAACGUCCUCGGCCCAUUGAAAAUGAAGCUUACUUAAAGAUGCUUUAUAUGGAGACACUGUUUUAGAUCAUAACUAUCCCUUGUUGAAAGCAAAGUGUAAUUGAUAGAAAUUGCUAAAAUACAGAUCGAAUAUGUUAGGUUUAUCUGGUCAUUACCAAAAUGGAAAGCCAGUUAUUAUUCAGAAGUCUUUAUUUUUAAUGGCAAAUAAUGUCAGAGAGAUUGCCAAUAAUAAUUCAUAGCCUCUGUGUAAUUGAGUUACAAGAUUAUAUCAGUUGCAUUUUAUAUUUGUCUCCCUGUGUAUAAAUGAAAAAGUUACCUAUUUCUGUUCCAAAAGAGCAAAAUUGGGAAAGAAAAAUUAACUAGAGCAUUGAUCAAUCAAGUAUUUGUUACAUAAGAAGAGAUUUGCUAAUCAUAUGGCUCCCACACCAAGCACUUGGUCUCUCAAUGAAAAAGUGCACUGAUUCAACAACUGAAAGGGAAGUGUAGCACUUAACGCUUAACAGAAUAGCCCUAAUCCUGCCGGUUGUUAUCAUCAUAGAUUUUACAGUUGCCUUUUUAACUAUGUCUUAGCACAGUUUGAGAAUAUAUGUCAAUUGCUAUUUACUGUUUUUUUAAUUUACUGAAAUAAGCCCGUAACAUCAAAAAGAGCUGUAGUACAUAAUAUUUUCUUCUGAAAUGGAUGUGAGAAAUGUAAAUUUUAUAACAGCAUUAGUUAUCUUGGUUCAUUUCUAAUAUUACAUGUCGGUUUCAUGCUGUGAUUAAUAAAAGCAUUUCCUUCUCAAGUUUUGUACAAGUUGCUGAACUGUAUCACUUACUGCCAAAAGCAAAAGAGACACUGAGACUGAAGGGAGAUUGAAAAAAAAUAACAAUUUUA